CACACAUAGCUGUUUAUUGUUUCAAUAAGAAGGCACAAAAGUAGGGAAAAAGUGGGUGAGUGGUCACAAGAUUUAGGGCGGGGCUUUCUUUUGAAAAACAAAACCAGUAAUACACUACCCACACCCACGUUCCUAUUAACCGUCCUUCCUCAUCCUUUAGCUCCUUCAAACCUACAACUUCAUCAGUCUUCCUUCUCUGCAACUCCGAACCAUCCAAAUUCCCUUUUGGAUUGCAGAACUUCAGUGGAAUUUAAUCAUGAAAUGGGGUAGCAAAAAGAAAAAGCAUCUACCUACUUCUUCAACUUCUUCUUCUUCUUCUGCCUCAAAGGCUUCUUUGAUCUCUCAUGUCUUUCCAAGUUCAUGGCUUUCCAAGUUCAAGCACAAGAGUGAGAGCUCGGAACCAAAACCCGGUGAGGGAAACCGGAAAGGGAAGCAGAAUUCUCCGCCUUUAGAUUUGCCAAGGUGUGGUAGUCAUGGGGGUGGAAGGUUCUAUGGCGUAGAUGAUGACGAGGACGAUGCGUUUUGGAGGCUGUCUUUUGGGGAAGAUAGUGCUCAAGGGAAGAACGACAGGGGGGUUUUGAGGUCGGUUCGGUACGAUUCGGACGAUGAGUUUGACGUUCAGAAAUCCAUUUGUGGAGGGUUUCAAAAGAGCGGUAGAAAGGUGGAGGGAAGAGAAGGGUCUCAGAAGUUGAAGGGCAUGCAUAAAACUCGGAAUGACAGAGACUGGAGAAUGAGGAAGGAAAACGGAGAAGUUUUCGGAAAGAAGCGGGUGGAAUUGGAAAGAGAAGUGCAUAGGAAAGAAGAAGAGAUAUCAACGGGUUCAGUGCGAAAUGAUGUACUAGAACUGUUAGCAGCAAGAAAACAUCAGGAUUUAUCCUUGUGGAAUUCGAGAAGUUCCGGUCUGGAAACAAUUGAGGAAGAAUCUUUGAACUUGGAGACUGAAGACGAAGAAGAACUGGUUUCAGAUUGGCAAAAACUGAAAGAAAGGAAGACACAAGAGGUGAAGUCGAAGAUCGAUAAACACAGGAAGUCACUCUACAUCAGCAGGGAACUGCAGAGGAGAAGAACGAGGAGGAGUUGCAAAGUCAGAAUUUGUUCUCCGCGGACAGCUUCAAGGGUCGAAAUCUGCAAAGUGAAUGCUCUCGAAGACAUGACGAAAGCCAAACUGAAGACAAAAAAGGAGGCUGAGGAGAGAGCGGUGCAGCAGGUACGAACAGGGUUGAACAGUUUUGCAGUGGUGAAGUGCUCAUUCGACCCACAGAAGGACUUCCGAGACUCCAUGGUUGAGAUGGUUGUGGAGAAAAAGAUAACCCAGCCGGAGGAUCUGGAAGAGCUCUUGGCUUGUUACCUGACCUUGAAUUCCGACGAAUACCAUGAUCUCAUUAUCAAGGUGUUCCGGCAGGUAUGGUUUGACUUGAAUCAGACCUGUUUCGGUACUGAACUACAGAAUGCACAACGAUAGAAAAACUUGCAGCCAAAUUGUAAAAUAGAUAACAUUACUACUUUUCUAUUUCUCUGCAGUCUGCACAUCUAGUUUGGCUCUUCAUGCUUCAAAAUUUGUGAAAGUUCACUAAGCAAUGCAAAUGUAGAAUUGCAAUGUGUGUAAGAUGCACAAAUGUGGGGAAGUUUAUGGUGGUCAAUCUAUAAACCCUGUAAAUAUUUCA